AGAUCUUCUAAGUCGAUCAGACCAGCACGACGACAAUUACCUCCAAAAGAUCAUGGGCAUCUUCCAACCCUCCGGCCAAAUCAAGCUUACGAACGUCUCUAUCGUCCGCCUCCGAAAAGGCGGCAAGAGAUUCGAGAUCGCCUGCUAUAAAAACAAAGUUCAAGAAUACCGCUCCGGCACUGAAAAGAACCUAGAUGAAGUCCUCCAAAUCAGCAAUGUCUUCAUGAACGUAUCGAAAGGCCAAGUCGCCUCAUCCGAAGACCUCAAAAAGUGCUUCAAGACGGAGAAUGUGGAGGAGUGCGUGGCAGAAAUCUUGAAGAAGGGAGAAAUGCAAGUCGGUGACAAAGAACGCUCGGCGAACCAAGAAGCAGGCGUCCAAAACCUCGUACACCUCCUCUCAGAAUCAUGUAUCGACCCACGAACAUCGAGACCCUACCCCCCCUCCAUGCUCGAAAAAGCGAUAAAAGCAUCCGGAUUCUCACUCCACCCAACCAGACCCGUCAAAGCGCAAAUGUCCGCCGCGAUCUCUGCUCUAGCAACGAAAGGUGGUCUCGAUAUCAAGCGUGCACGUAUGCGUGUCCGAAUCGUCGCAGAUGGGAAAGAUGCGAAGAAGAUUAGGCCGAAGAUGGCGGAGAUGCAGGGUGCGGAGAAGGAGGACGAGGAGGUUGGGGAGGAGUGGGAGUGGGUUGGGCUUAUUGAGCCGGGGUUGUUGAAGGAUUUGAAUGAGAUGAUUAGACUGGAUACGAAGGGAAGCGGUACGGUUGAAGUACUGGAUCUGAAGGAGGGUGGAGCAGGAGAGGAGAGCUUUGCAUAG